ACGGAGCAUGCGCAUUAAGCUUGCGCGCUGCAAACAAACAGUAGACGGGAGAAACCGAACAGAACAAGAAGAGGAUGAAAAUGGCUAUAGUGCAAGCAAACCAGAAUCUUUCAUGUGGAACGAUAAUGAGGUCGAACUGCUGCUGCGACUCACACUCAACUACAAGAAGAUGAAGCCUGCCGCCGCCGGCGGCGCUGCAACUCCUCCAUCAUCGUCAGCAGACAAUAGCGCAGGGAGGAGGAGGAGGAGGAGGCAGCACCGGGCUCCCUCACCGGCCACAGUCCAAGAAGGGGCGGCCAAGCGAGCUCCGAGACAGCCUGGCAGGUCCCGGUCCCCUCUUCCCGCAGGAAGGAGCAGAAACACCGCGGUGAGGGAGAGCUUGAGGUCCGCCGACGGAAGGGAGAGGGAGCCCGAGAGCCGCGUCGGGGCAGCUGUUCACCCGGAUGGUGCUGAAGCUGAGGUAGUCGGAGCAAACAGGGCGGAUGCUGUCGGGGAAGAUCCGACAGAUUCAUCAGCACCGGUCCGUCGCGCCGCUCUCCGCCUGCCGUGCCUCAAACGCGACCCCCCGUCCUCCUCCUCCUCCUCCUCCUCCCAGCGUUUGCUGCCCGGCGGAGCUGCGUCCUUUUCCGCGGAGGAGAGAGCGAGGCGAGCCGGCGGAGAGGAGGGCGGCCGCGGGGACAGGAGCGGCGUGUCUGCGGGCUGCGGCCUCGGGUUGAGUCUGUGGAGGGGAGGAUGCUUACAGGCUGAACUGAUCCAGUACCACCUGCAGAGGAGACUCAAGAGAACCGGUGCGAGGAUGCAAACCAAGGCCGACAACACGGGCGCGGAGGAGGCCGCGCUGGUGGAGAUGGAGCCGGCUGCAGAGGCGACAGAGGCGGGGUCCGUGACACAGCAGGACCAGGCCUUCGAGGACGAGAUGGAGAGACUGCUGGAUGAAAACGAAGAUCUAAAGUGUGAAAUCGAGGAGAUGAGGACCGAGAUGGAUGAGAUGCGAGACACGUUCUACGAGGAGGACACUUGUCAGCUGCAGGAGAUGAGGCGUGAGCUGGAGAGGGCCAAUAAGAACUGCCGGAUCUUGCAGUAUCGUCUGAGGAAGGCAGAGAGGAAGAGGCUGCGCUACGCCCAGACGGGGGAGAUCGAUGAGGAGCUGCUGAGGAGUCUGGAGCAGGACCUGAAGGUGGCGAAGGACGUGUCCGUGAGGCUGCACCACGAGCUUGAGAAGGUGGAGGAGAAGCGCACAAAGACGGAGGAGGAGAACGAGAAACUGAGGCAGAAGCUCAUCGAGGUGGAGGUGACCAAACAAGCCCUGCAGAACGAACUGGACAAAACCAAAGAGUCUCAAAAGAGGAGAGGAAGCAAGGACGUCCAGAAGACAGACAGGAAACCAGCACAGACUCCUACAGAGGAGGACAAUGAGGACCUUAAGUGCCAGCUAGCUUUCAUCAAAGAGGAAGCAGUGCUCAUGAGAAAGAAGACGGCCAAGAUCGACAAAGAGAAGGAUCGUCUGGAGCAAGAGCUGCAGAAGUACCGCUCCUUCUACGGGGAACUGGACAGCACCCAUCCUAAAGGAGAGGCUGGGGGUCCGCCUACGACCCGCGAGUCAGAACUGAAGCUGCGGCUCCGCCUGGUGGAGGAGGAGGCCAACAUCCUGGGGAGGAAAAUAGUCGAGUUGGAGGUAGAGAACCGCGGCCUGAGGGCCGAGCUUGACGACCUCCGUGGUGAAGGGGAGGGCGCCGGGAGCUCUGCGUCCGGAGGGAUGGGCGGGCCGGGCUCAGGGCGAGGCCUCGGCGAUGAUCUGACGGAGCUCCGCCAGCAGCUGCAGCUGGUGGAGGACGAGGCAGAGCUGCUGAGGAGGAACCUCGCUGAUGCUGAAGAGCAGAACAAGAGAGUGACUGGCGAGCUGAACAAGCUGCGGUUCAAAGCCGGCACCCACGAGGGAGGCGCCAGGCACGGGGGAGGAGCAGGAGGUGCAGGGAUGGAUGGAGCAAAGGCAGAAGCACUGCAGGAGGAGUUAAAGGCAGCCAGGCUGCAGAUUAAUGACCUCAGUGGAAAGGUGAUGCAGCUGCAGUACGAGAACCGUGUGCUUCUCUCCAACAUGCAGCGCUAUGACCUGGCCUCCCACCUCUCCCUGCGGCCCAGCCCACGGGACAGCGACGCAGAGAGCGAUGCUGGCGGUGCGACGAGUGGUCGCCGCGAGAGCGACGAGGACUCCACGUCUUCCCGCCUCCUCCCUCCGCACCGCAAACGCGAGGGGCCCGUAGGCGGGGAGAGCGACUCAGAUGAGGUCAGAAACAAUAACGGCAGCAGCCGUUGCCUGACACCCACAAGGGGCCUCUACACCCCUACGGGGCCCGAGGGUGCUGCUUCCUCCGCCUUGGCCCGCUUCCUGCCGGGCGGGCGGUGCAGCCUGCGCGACAGGCAGCAAAUGAUCGACAUCCGUGUGGAAGCGGAGAGGCUCGUUCGGACCAUCGACCGGCUCAUCGCUGACACGGCCACUGUCAUCUCCGAGGCGAGGGUCUACGUUUCAAACGGCGACCUGAUGUUCGGGAGAGGAGGGGAGGAUGGUGGAGAGGAGGACGGAAGCAGGAUCAGGGAACACGAGCUGCUGUAUCGCAUCAAUGCUCAGAUGAAGGCCUUUCGAAAAGAACUGCAAGCCUUCAUAGACAGACUGGAAGUGCCGAGGCUGGAGGACCGGGACACGGAGGAGCCGCUGUCGAUGUUCCAGCCCAUCAUUUUGCUCAUUCUCAUACUCGUGUUAUUCUCGUCCCUCUCCUACGCCACCAUCUUCAAACUAGUCUUUCUCUUCACUCUUUUCUUCGUCCUGUGAUGUACGCCUCCCUUAAUUCAUAUCAUCCCUCAUUUGUUUUUGUUUGUUUUUUUGUUUUUUUUUUGCUCUUUUGAUUUUUUUUUUCCUCCCCCCCGCAUCCUUUGUUGCCAAGGUAACCAAAAGCACAGGAAAAGCCCAGCACUUGUCAAGGCUGCAGUCACAUUCAAGAAGAGUCGGGCUAGACUCAACACUGGAGUCCACAUAUUCCACAACACAUCACCGUCCACAUCUGUCCCUCAAGAAGAACCACACUCGAUGUCCA